AUGAAAGAGCCUUUUUUCCCGCGACCACGGCUGUCGACGAUUCGUCAACCUAAGAAACCGCUCCUCUUCCCUGCGCCGGCGGAAGUGCCCUACCCACCGAGGAGACACAAAUCCUACAGCGAUAGGCCGAGCACUUACGAGGCGUCCUCAACCGUCCCUCCACCAUCUCGACGCCGCCGUCGCCCGUCUGCCUCAGGUGGAGACCAACGUGGACCUCGACCUCCCGCCAUCUCUCCAGGAAACCAUCAGGGCCCUGCAGCAGCUCUCCAGCAGGAAAGCGCCCGGAUCGGACGCGAUCUCUACUGA